AGCCCUGGGAAAUAACCGGCAGUACUGUACGUACGGGAAGGGUGACUAUGGCCGGGAAAGAAACAGUUCGACCCUACUUUACGAUGUCGGGCUGCAACUGCAACGUCGGCGAGGGUACAAGCAGUGCAGCCUCUGAUCUGGACAUCAGCAGAGUUCGCGGAGAAACCAGGGAAGCAGCGCGGCACCUGCCUGACAACCAGGCUGCCAACAGAAACCAAGAGUGCCACGUGUGUCGGUUUGGUUUCACCGACACGGAGGCCUUUCAAAAGCACACCGCUGACCACUCGCUCGGAAAAAACCACAACUGCUCCGAGUGUGGUAAAUUGUUUGUGAGCACAGAGACCCUCAGGAGGCAUUUACUUUUGCACGGCGAAACAUCUUUUGAGUGCGGCUUGUGCAAAAAAACAUUUUAUAGAAAAGAUGGCCUCAAGAACCACAUGCUUGUAUGGCACAUCGGUUCGCAGGACUGAGAAGCCGUCGAAGGGUCUCUUUAGCACGGCAGCACGCGCCACGAAAUUGGUCGAGCACGCCGGGAUGCACCAUCGCCCGUGACGGUGGCAUCGGCAUCGCUACAGCCGGAUAUUCACCCUGGAGGAGUGACUUCUCUGGAUGUCACCCUGACGCCAAGAUCCGUCGUGUGCUUUCGCAGAAGAAUUUGCGGUCUGGGCCUCAACUGUUCCAGCUGUGAGCUAACUUUUUGACAAACAAAACUGGGCUAACCUUAUUCAUUCUGACUACGGCUGACAAAUGCCUGCCAAUAAAGUUGUUACAGUGGUUAUCUCGAGGAAUACUGU